GAAAGUCAUCAGAAGACAGAGAAUCAUUGAAGUAAGUAAACCAAAGCACUGGAGCAGAAAGGACAACAGAUGCUGGAUCUGGAUAGGUAAGUAUUGAAUAGUUAGUUAUUUUACAGCUCUAGCUGCUUGACGCACCAAAUAAGACAACCUCAGGAGCCGAGCUCGCUUCAUAUCCGGUCCUGGCUUCUAUCAGCAGCAAGGAACUGGGCUUAUGCCGGACAUCGGAGAUCAGGCUGCUAUCAGGUAUUUACUCUUUAGACAGCACUAUCAUAAGUUGCUUGUGGCGUAUAAAAUGCCAAAAAUCUACUGCCUGUAGCUCGAAAGAGCUAAUCGGGCACCCGCGGCAAAAUCAUAAGGUCCCUAUCAGCUGAUGAGUAUAUCCUGAACACACCUCUGAGCAACGAUAUAUCUGAUUUUCAUGAAGAUCAGUCUCUGAAUGUAAAGUGAAAGCACCAAGGGAGAUGAAAACUGAGGAAUAUGGGUGAGAAAAAAAUAAAUAAAUAAAAGUAUAAAACUUGGAUUACCCUUUGCUUAUAUGAAACAACACAAUUUUACCCUUUUCUCAUAUAUGUCUUGGUUUAUAAUGUGUCGCACCUGUCUGUACAGCAUGUCAGCUCAAAGAUUGACAAGCAAACAUAAAUACAUAAAGGGCUAUACCACCCCCUCCAGCUCGGACCACCUACCCCGUGACAUCAUUGCAGGUCCUUCAGCCACAAACUCAUCACAGCUCAACUCCACCUUGACCCCUCUCCAAGGCAGCGUAGGAUAAAAUAUUUAUGGCACCUUAUGAUCAGAUGGUGCCCAGCAAAGCCUACACCCGUGCCUCUCUGUAUCAAAAUACAUUUAAAAAAAUGUUGUCAGAUUUAGCAACAAUUCUUCUGAGGGAUCUGCAUGGCAUAGGUCGCAGGUUUUUAGAAGAUGUCCUCAGAUAUGAAAGACGUUGGUGUGUGGGCGCAGACGAGAACGCUUCUGUACAAAAAUUACCUUGUAAAAUGUAGGACAAAGAAGGACACAUUACAGGAAAUCUUCUAUCCUGUAAUCUGGUCACUGAUAUGGCUGCUGCUAGUCUUGGUCAUGCCGAACAAACAUUAUGAAGGAACACCAAAUGAUCAUCUUAAUGACUUUGACAUUAGCCAGGUUUUCACUAUUGGAAUCACCCCAGCCACCAAUGGGACGGAGAACAUCAUGAGGUUGGCAUCCCUACACUGUCUUAGCUCAGAUCUAGAUAUUGUUUACUAUGAUAAUGAAGAUGAAAUGAAAGCUGCCAGUGCCUCCUAUUUACAUUUCGUUGGUGUCAAAUUUGAAGACUUCAUGUCCUACAAGCUUAUGUUCUUUCCUUUCUACUUCCCAAAACCAGCUCCAUACAUACAAGACUGUCAUUCUUCCAAGUGUGACUCUGUACAGUAUCACUAUUCAGGAUUCACGCGGUUGCAAGCAUGUAUAGAUUCUGCCAUUAUAAAGUUAAAAACCAAUUAUUCAGCCUGGGAGGAUCUGAUGAAGACAAAAGCUACGGUUAUGGAGAAGAAACCAGUGGUUGAAGUGGAUGGCUUUUACCAUGCGCUGAUGUCCAUAUGCCUUGUCAUGGCAUUCUCACCAUUUGGAUGUUCUCCGGCAGCUUAUAUUGUUGCUGAAAAAGAGAAAAAGCUAAAAGAGUUUAUGAAGAUACUGGGGCUUCACGACACUGCCUUCUGGCUUCCCUGGGUUCUGCUGUACAUCAUUUUGAUUCUCCUGAUCUCUUUAUUGAUGGCCUUUAUAACUACGGUCUUCACCCCAUUUAAGCACAGCAGUUGGUUCCUGAUCUUCCUGCUGUAUGCACUUUAUGGGAUCUCUUUGAUCUUGUUUGCACUGAUGCUUACACCACUUUUUAAAAAAGCCAAGCAGGCUGGCGGUAUCGCAUUUCUGGCCACACUUGUCCUCGGUGCUCUGGGCAUUUUCAUUGUGUUGAAGGGUGACUUUCCGAAGUCCUUUGUCUGGUUCUUUAGUCCCUUCUGUCAGUGCACCUUCAUGAUUGGUAUUGCCCAGGUCAUGUUUCUAGAGGCCCAUGGAAAAGGUGCCCAGCUGUUUAACCUUAAGGAUGGACCGUACCCCCUUAUAAUCACAUUCAUCUUCCUAGUUGUGGACAGCGUGAUGUAUCUACUUCUGGCCUCCUAUCUUGAUCAGAUUCUUCCUAGCGAAUACGGUCUAAAGCGGCAGCCUCUUUACUUCCUAAAACCAUCCUACUGGUCAAAGAAGAGGAGAAACUAUGGAGUGCUCAGCGAAAGCUUUUUCAGCACAAAUACAGAUCUCAGUGAUAUUGUAGAACCUGUGACCUUAGGAUUGCAUGGAAAAGAAGCCAUCAGAAUUAAAAAUAUUCAUAAAUCUUUCAAGAAGGAAAACCAGCAAGUAGAAACCUUACAAGGGUUAACCUUGGAUAUAUAUGAAGGUCAGAUAACCGCUCUGCUUGGCCACAGUGGCACCGGGAAAACAACACUGAUGAAUAUUUUAUGUGGACUGUGCCCUCCAUCGGAAGGUAUAGCUUCGAUCUAUGGUCACAGAGUUACAGAUAUCGAUGAGAUUCUAGACAUCAGGAAGGUAAUUGGGGUUUGCCAGCAGUGCGAUAUCCAUUUUGACGUUCUUACCGUGGAGGAGAAUCUGUCGAUCUUCGCUUCUCUUAAGGGAAUAAGUGAAACUACAAAGGAGCAGGAGAUAAAUAAAGUUAUACAUGAUCUGGAUAUGGAUGCAGUAAAGCACAACCAAGUCAAGAGACUCAGUGUAGGACAGAGGAGAAAACUGGCUGUGGCUAUUGCUAUUUUAGGUAACCCCAAGGUGCUGCUCCUGGAUGAGCCCACUGCCGGCAUGGACUCCUGCUCACGCUGUACUGUCUGGAAUGUGUUAAAGAAGAGGAAAACAAACAGUGUGAUUGUGUUCAGCACUCACUGUAUGGAGGAGGCAGACAUCCUGGCAGACCGAAAGGCCGUCAUAUCACAAGGAACACUGAAAUGUGUUGGCUCAUCCCUUUUUCUUAAGAGCAAAUGGGGUGUAGGCUACCGUCUAAGCAUAGACAUAAAGCCAUCUAGUAAUGUAGAAGCAAUUUCUUCAUUGAUCUCACAACAUAUCCCAAGAGCAACAUUAAUGCUGCAGACUGAGAAUUCCCUCAUCUUCUCCUUACCAUUGAAAGAUGUGGACAUAUUCCCAGGAUUAUUUUCUGCACUGGACAAUGACUGCAGCUUAGGUGUCAUGACUUAUGGAGUUUCUAUAACUACGCUAGAAGAUGUCUUUUUCAAACUGGAGUCAGAGACUGAUGUUGAUCAGAUAGAUCACAGCAUUUUCACUCAAAGAAUAGAAGAUGAUGGUAAAUGGAAAUCCACAGAAGAGAUUGAUCAAGGAUUACUGACCAUGCCUGAAAUCCACCCCUGCACGGUCAGUGGCAAAGCAUUAUGGAGGCAUCAAGCUGCCACCAUAGCCAAGUUACACUUCCGUAAUCUGCGUCGAGAAACUAAGUCUGUGCGAUAUGUGUCCCUCUUUCUCUUUUUGUUCUUAGCUGUCCAAGCAGCGAUAAAUAUUAUACACUGGUACUACCACAAAUCAUCUGUGGAUAUCAGACUCUCCCCUGACCUGUAUUUUCUUCGGCCAGGACAGAAGAGUCAAAAGUUCCUCACCAGUCUAUUGGUACAAAGCUCUACAGGUGAUGAUAUAGACAACUUAAUAGAUGUCCUGAGAAGCCAGAGGAUAAAGGUGGAUCUGAUGAAUGGAAGUGACUACUUUUCCGUGGCACCGCACAAUGGGGCCCUUGAUGUCUCCAGUUCAGGAAAGUAUUUCACCUAUGAAGCAGUGUUCAAUAGCAGUAUGGUCCACUCUCUACCCGUCCUUAUUAAUACCAUUAGUAACACUUUGCUAAGACAGCUGCAUGUAAAUGAGAGCAUCCAGGUGUGGAGCUGUCCAUUUCCCCAGGAAUAUUUGGAGAUUACAUUCAAAACUACUUUAUAUUUUCUAAUAAUUUACCUGGGAAUUAUAGCUGCGGGAAUGCUUCCUUAUUUUGCAAUGGAAAACACAUACAACCAUAAGGUGAAAGCCUACACCCAGCUGAAGAUGUCAGGCCUCUACCAGUCUGCCUACUGGGUCGGCCAAGCUGCAGUUGAUUUGCCUUUGUAUUUUAUCAUCCUUGUCAUAAUGCUGGGAACGUUGUUCAUCUUCAAUAAAGGAAUCCACCUGUAUGUCGGGACGUUUAUCACGUUGACAUUUUGCUUAAUCGGCUUUGUUCCUGCGUCUGUUCUCCUGACCUAUGUUGUUUCUUUCACCUAUAAACAAAUCAGCGACACUAGGCAGUGGUGGUCAAUAUUAUUUUCAAUGACGGGCUUAAUCACCAUCACUGUAAUCGAGUUAGCUUCUGUCAUAGGCAACGAUCUGAUCUCUACAAUUUGUCAUGAUCUUUUUUCCAUAUUUAUUCCCAUUUAUCCACUUAUUGGGGUCCUGAUCUGUUUUUCUCGGAUGUCCUGGAAAGUUUCAGGUGAUGAAAACAGCUACACACAAUUGGGAAGGGUUUUGGUGUCUGUUAUAUCUCCUUUGCUGCAGUGUGUAGUUUUACUCCUUAUCCUGCGAUACUUGGAGGUACAGAAUGGUGGCAAAUCCAUUAGAAAAGAUCCAGUAUUCAGGACUAAAGAGAAAAAAAACAAGAUGUGGAAAUUCACUGAAGUCCCCGAAGAUGAAGAUGAGGAUGUGCGGGUAGAAAGAGCUAGAGUUGGCGAAUAUAUGGCAUCAAAUUGUUACGAGAAACCUGCAGUCUUGGUUACUGGUUUACACAAAGAAUAUCAAGAAAGGGGCAAAACCAUUAUUGGAAAGGCGUUACGAAAACUAGUUGCAAAUAAUAUAUCAUUUUGUGUAAGAAAAGGAGAGAUUCUCGGAUUGGUGGGGCCAAAUGGAUCAGGGAAAAGCACAUUACUGGAUAUGAUGGUGGGUCAGACAGAGCCAAAUGCCGGACAGAUUUUGAUAGGUGAUACAGACUCUUCAAAUCAAGGAAAUGCUCCAGUACGAUUUAUGGGAUAUUCUCCUCAAGUAAACCAUCUGUGGCCGGAGAUAAAGUUAGAAGAACACCUUGAGAUGUAUGGAUCCAUCAAAGGCAUGAGCAAAAGUCAUCUAAAAGAAGUAAUAAAAAGGAUUGUAGAAACUCUAGACAUGAAAGAAGAUCUCCAUAAACCUGCUAAGAAGCUGUCAAUAGGAACUCAGCGAAAGUUGUGCUUUGCGCUCAGCAUGUUGGGGAAUCCUGAUGUAGUUUUACUGGAUGAACCUUCCAAUGGCAUGGACUCCAAGGCUAAGCAGCGCAUGUGGAAAGUGAUACGGUCUACAUUCAAAGGCAAAGAGCAGGCAGCGGUGCUUACCACACAUUUCAUGGAGGAGGCAGAAGCUGUGUGCGACCGUGUGGCAAUUAUGGUAUCUGGGCAGCUAAGGUAUAUUGGGUCUGUUCAGCACCUGAAAAGUAAGUUUGGGAGGCAUUUCUCUCUAGAUUUGAAGCUUGAUGCUGACUCUGGGAUGCAGCAGAUGGAGCUCUUACACCGGGAGAUCGUAAAACACUUCCCAAAUGCCUACCGCCAAGAGAGCUUUGCUUCGCUGAUGUCCUACAAAGUUCCUAAAAGUGACGUUCAGUCCCUCUCACAGGCAUUCUUCAAUCUGGAGCAAGUGAAGCGUUCUUUUAAUGUUGAAGAGUACAGCUUUUCCCAGUCAACACUUGGACAGGUGUUUAUUGAACUUGCCAAGGAGCAGGAAGAAGACGAUAAUUUUGGCACCAUGAACAGCACACUCUGCUGGAACAGAGGACAGGAGGACAGCGUUGCCUUCUGAGCACUGCCUGAAAGCCUACACCCUUGUAAUUGUAUUAAGCAGUGUGACUUUAACCCCUCGCCCGAGGGACCAGCGGUUUGGUGCGGUGUUACCACCCCCCUUCGGCUUAGGAGAUCUUUGAGAACUGUGCUGUGUCUGUAUACCCUGACUUCUGAAAUUACUUGAAAACAGGAGGAUCCUAAGAACUGGCUCAUGUACUGAUAUUCUGCAAUUCAGGUUUCUAAGGGUUCACAAGCACCUCAGUAAUGUGGUGCUUUAACAUGGUGCAGGCAUUUCAGCACUGUGACUACUCCAUUGUCUUGUAAUUCUGUGGGCUAACUUAAAUUAUGUUGCAUUACCUCAAGUCUUCCUUUCUUAACAUUGAGUUGAGAAUCAGACCUGUUGAAGUCUCUAUGAACAUUUCCCUCAUGUAGAGACAUCUUAUGAACAUAUGCAAUGCUCCCUUCCUCUUUCAGCUGUAGUCCAUGGUUUUUCCUCUUGAGAACCAAUUUUGGACAUUCUGCCCUCUAAUCAGUUACUUUAUUUUAGUAAAACUUAUGUAACCCCCUUCUAAAGCAAUGGUUGACUACUAGAUAUGAUCCCUCCUUACUUAAACACUGUUUAAAGGGUACUCCCAACUCACAUUGUGAUCUGUGGCCCCUUUGCAGUCUUUUGUUCACAUUGGCACCAGAGUCACCUAGUGUGCAAAGGGAAUCGCAACACAGAUCUAAUCAGGAGAAUGGGGGAUGUUGCAAUUCUUCCACGACUGAGGCGACAGGAGUGCAGCUCUUGAAGGAAAUACAAUGCAGCACUGUGGCUCUUAAAUUUUCUGGGUAGUGGUCGGAUCCAAACCAAUUGUAAAGUAAUGGCAUAUUUUAUUGAUAUGUCAUUGCUUUCUAAGGUAGGAAUACCCCUUUGGGUAAGGGGAUCUUCUGGAACUAUGAGAAUCAUCAAAUCUCUGUAGACACUAGGAUUAAAUCAUACUGCCCAUAAUGCUUUCACCACUUCGCCACUAGUUGGCAGUAAUGUGCAGCCUUUUUGCCCCCUUCCCCUCAGUUCUGCAUUGUGGGUUCACACAACAACCACUAAUCUAACCCUAUAUGUGCAUCUCUUAGAUGUUUAUACAUAAAGUGCACAUGCAGCACUUUAAAAAGUCUCGAAUGUCUAAGUGUUUCAUGGCUGAAACACAGUAUCUGCACUGAAAAUGUAUGACGGUAUUUUUUUUUCUUUAAUAAAUGGAGUGUAUACUGUGAUAACCAGUGAUAGGAGGCAAGGGGGAGAGGGGGGGGUCAUUCGAGAUCUUCAUUGUACAGUACCUUUCUUUUGUAUCUCUUAGUUGCUGCAUUAGAAUGUCAGACCUUCACACAUCUGUGCCUGCAAGACUUUGCUAUGCAAGAAUUUAAGCAAAGAAAUGUUAGCAAAGAAUGAUCCCUCUGGCAUGAUCUCCCGCUGUAGAUGGUAAGAAUAGAAUAGAUGGAUAAUUGAGAAGCACAUUUAUUUAAGGACAUAUCCAAAAUAACUACAUAACACAACGUUGCUUGAAAGGGGAUUUUCCUGGUUUAUGUAAAUGAAGCUUAGUCAUUGUAUAAUUUUUGCAACUUAGAGGGGGAAAAAGUCCUCAGUACCUGUGCAUGCUGUCUGUGAAUGAAAAACAUUCUUAUUUAUAUCCAAAGGAUGAAAGACUACUGUAACCAUGUCCUUAAAGGGGUUAUCCAGGAAAAAAACUUUUUUUUUAUAUAUCAAUUGGCUCCAGAAAGUUAAACAGAUUUGUAAAUUU